AGAGGCAGUGGACUUUUACCUUUAUGAGCUCUGCCCACAUUUCCUGGUAGCCACACAGUGCUUUGUAGUUUCUCAUGGACGGUGUUUCGCAGACUCUCAGUUUAACCCUCUGGCUUGCACUACAAACAAGAAGAGAAGCCACAGUACUUUCUUAUUGUUGCUACCUCCCACCAUCACACCAUUACCAGGACCAAAUAAACAGAGUGACUGCCACACGGUGAGCUGAAGGAUCGCCGCUGCCUCCAAAGAAGUGAGAAAGGAACCUUUUGACAGAUCUCAUGACAAGUUACGGAACUGGAGGAUUAUUCAACCCUGCCUACCAUGACAGCGAAACUCUGGAAAUUGAUAGAAGUAAAAGCCUGCAAGCUAACCCCUAUGCCAGGGUUGAGAGGGCAGACGGACUCUACUCGCCCGGUCAAACCAGCGCUGAUGGCUCUGUGGGGACAGUGCCACUGGGGGGCUGGCAUGAGGAGAGCCGCAGGGCGGGAGAAAGCUUCCCCAUGGGCGUCACCUCAUCUCACCCAGAGAGUGCUGCGUGGCAGCGUGACACCGAUCACAAUAGGUUCCCCCCAGACUCUCUGUAUGAUCGAUCACCUCCUGUGCGCCUUUCUUCUGCAAUGUCAGGUAACUUGACGAUGAGAUGGAGGGGACUAACAAUGAGAAGAAUGAGCAUGUUUCCUAGCGGGGACCCUGCCAACGAAGCCUUCACAGCGGAUGCCAUCAGGAACGAGAUGGAGAAUGAGGAACAGAACCUAGUAAAGGAGCUCAUUGCUUUGUCAACACGAGACCAAAUUCGAGCCAUUCGGGAUCUUCCAAUGACCUUUGAGGAGAAGAAACAUAUCAGGAGUCAAGUGCUGGCGUUGAAGUCUUCGAAGCGAUCUCGCCAGUUUCCAUGUUUUGCAGAUUGCUCUGAGAAUGUGUCACUGUCUUUCCGCAGGUUUGGCUACAGUCUGAGUUCAGCCAGGCAGACCCUGCAGCUUUGGCAAGGCGUCAUGAAAGAGAUCGGUGGCAAAUUCGGCACCAGUGUCGUCAUCUAUUUCGUGUUCCUCAAGUGGCUGCUCAUGUUCAACAUCUUCUCAUUCCUGGUCAACUUUGGCUUCAUCACCAUCCCGCUGCUUGUUUACGACGCUUCCCCCAACAUUCCUGCCAAUGUGAGCUUCAGCGGACUGGAGAUACUAACUGGAGCUGGUUACUUCCACUACACUGUCAUGUACUACGGUGGCUACAGCAAUGAAACCCUGCAUGGCCUUGGGGAUUACAACAUGCAGUUGGCCUAUUUCUUCACCAUUUCCGUCUACAUGGUUCUGUGUGGAAUUGCACUUAUCUUCAACAUGGGCAGCUCAUUCAUGAAAAACUACGUCCUGGCAGACCCAACAUCAAACGGUGCAUGGCAGCUUCUAUGCAGCUGGGACUUCAGUAUUACCAACGAGAGAGCAGUGAGACAGCGCAAGAACAACCUACGCGUCCAACUCAAGGAGUCCUUAUCAGAGAAGGCCCAGAGGGAGCUGCUGACCCUCUCGGAACAGCUGAAGCACUUUGGGAUUUAUUUGGGUUCAUGGCUCCUCUCCACCGGCUUGGCUGUUGGGUGUGGAGCUAGCAUCUAUUAUCUCUGCCAAUACGAACAGAAGCAGGCAACAGAUGCCGCCAACUGGUCUCUGCUUCAGGAUGCAAAGACUCUCCUGGUUCCCUUUGUGGUGUCUCUAAUCAACCUGGUGGUCCCACUCUUCUACUCACUCUUCAACAAGUUUGAACACUACUCCAGCCAGCGCAGACAGAUCUACGCUCUGGUAGUCAGAAACGUGCUUCUCAAGAUGUCCAUUCUGGCAGUCUUGUGUUAUUACUGGAUGAACGUGGUGGCAAAGCGGUUUUCAUGUUGGGAGUCCAUUGUGGGACAGGCUUUGUACCGUCUGGUCAUUGUUGAUUUCCUUUUUCUGAUGUUGGGAUCCUUCUUCGGAGAGUUUCUUAGCAAUGUGAUUGGGACUAGAUUACUUCCUCGUCUGGGAGUUCCAGAGUUUGACGUGGCCAGAAAUGUCCUUGAAAUCAUCUACGCACAGACUCUGGCAUGGAUUGGAAUCUACUUCUCUCCUCUGCUGCCUGCCAUCCAAAUCCUCAAGUUUUUCAUUUUGUUUUACUUAAAGAAGGUCAGCUUGAUCCAGAACUGCCAGCCUCCCCGACGGUCGGGGAGAGCAGCUCAGAUGCAAACCAUCUUCAUGGCCCUCCUCUUCUUCCCUUUCUUUGUGGGAGCCCUGUCCAUGGUUGCAUACACUGCCUGGAGCCUGAGUCCCUCGGAGCAGUGCGGCCCUUUUCGAGGACUCAACAACACCUUCAGUGUGGUAGGAGUGUGGAUGGAGGAUUUGGAGAAGAUCCCCGGUUCUCAAUGGGCCGUCUGGAUCUACCAAAAUGUCAUCAGAAGUGAAAUCUUCUACUUUUUUAUCUCACUCAUCAUUGUUGUCAUUAUAUACAUCUUCUGGCAAGUCACUCAGGGCCGCAAGCAACUUAUUCGUCUACUGAAACAACGGAUAGUUAAUGAGGGGAAAGACAAGUCCUUCUUGUUAGAUAAGCUUCAGAACCUCCAAAAAUCCCAACCCGAUAAAUCCAAACAGAAGAAUCAGAAAAAGCACUCCAAACAGCGUCGGGAUGACCACUCCUCUACCGGCCAUUCCAACUCAAAUGCCAUGGUUCAGGCGCUACUCGCUCGCCAGCAGCUUGAACAGGAAGAAAAGACUGGCAGCGCUGGUGGAGUGCCCGUCCCCUCCGACAUCUCCUCCUCCAGCGCGCUCACUCAGGCCAUGUUGGCCCGCCAGCGAGCCGAGGACCAGGACGCAGACACGCAGCGGCCGUUCUCAAGAGCCUUCGCGGUGGCCGCGCAGGCCAGGCAGAGGGAUGAAUACUUCAGCGUGGGUUUUCCUGACACCCCAAUCGGCACGUCCAGCACGUCCAGCAAGGUCACACGGGAUACGCAAGCCGGGCAAAGAGCGGAGGAGCCGCCGUCCUCCGCUUCAAGUGUCAUGAUGCAAGUCAUGCAGGCCAGACAGAGAGCGGAGGAAGAGGAGAGGCCUCAGUGGGUGCCAGCUCCCCCACAGAACUCAGCGCCAGCAGGCUCGAGUGCUCUCAUACAGGCCAUGUUGGCCCGGCAACAGGCCCAGAACGAGUAUGAUGACGGUUACUGACCAAGGCCGACUGACUUCAUCUAAUUGUGUGGGGGGAGGUGACAACUGAAAAGAACCACAGCUGACUGGAAUUACACUUUUCAAUUUGUGAUUUUAGUUGUCACCCAUAGAUACGUUAGCAUCAGACAGUAAGAUUUCUCCAAACUGCUGUAAAUGCCCAAGAACAAAGGGCUGACAUUUCUAAUGUAGCAGGGCUAGAAACGAGUGCAGGUCCACUUAUUUAUGCUCUAUUUUUGUUUUAAUAUGUUUUAGUGACCGAACACAAGCCUUUAAGAUAAAUACUGUAUGUAUUAAAACAAAUAUACACUGGGCCUAAUAAUGUGCCUGAUUUUAAUUCUGUAUCAUCAACACCAACUGUUUUAUAUUCUCUGGGAAAUGUAGUUUAAAAGAAAGUCCAAAAGGCACUUGUCAAUGUCCUUUUGUCGUGCUGGCAUAAAAUAUGAGGGCUAAGAUGGUUUAGCCAGGUUAAUGAAAAAAAGUACUGCAAAGUAAUUUAUCAACAUGUAGUUGACUAUUACAAAGGGCCAAAAAAAAACUGCAGUUUCAGUGAGAAUGAAUAAAAACUACAGCAAACAAUAGAAAGCUGCAGCCCCGAAGCGAGCAAAGCAUUCACACAAUUAUUACACCACAAUUUAUUGAAGAUUAUGGAGUUUCUGCUGACAACACAAUUCAUAUAUCAAUGUUGAUUACAUAGCAAUGAGCCCCCACGAAGAAAACACAAAAAACUGUCAUUUCGAGCCAAGUGAAAAUAAAGAAUGCAACUUUUUCACACUGAAGGAGAACUGUGCCUAAAUAAUCCAGUAUCCACAAGCAAGAAAACAGUUCCCAGUUAACAUCCAGUGGAAGGCAUUUUGUACAGUCUGCUAUAACAACAGUGCCCUCUGUAGGGAUUAGGAAUACAAUGCCACAGAGUAGCUAUUGGGUUUUGGGUUUUAUAUUGGAUAUUAUUUUUCCAGUAUAUUAGUCUUAGGACAAUGAAAACACAUUCCCACAUUACUGAGUAUGUAUUUUACUGUAAAGCGGAAACAUUUAAUGUAAUUACAUUAAUGUAAUUACAUGCUGUCCUGAAAAGAAAUUAAAAAUACUGCAAAGGUCUAUGGUAUAAGUAAGUACUUAAUCAGGCAUAAUAUAGAAUACAACAGUAACAGAAAAAUGAUUUUCCCGUCGCUCUGUGUACAAAUACAAUGCACACUUACACACCACAACGUGCUAACAAUUUAUAUAUGUAGGCACAUCAUUUUUGCAAAAAAAAAAUGAGAACCAGUAACCACU